ACAAGAAGAGGCCUUUAUAAAGGUGUGAAAUGUAACAAAAUGUUAAAUAAUAUCUUACGUUGUUCUCUCGAAAAUCCGGAUGAAUUGAUCAGCAAUAUUCACAUGGUGUUUUCUUUAAAUUUAAGCGACGUCACAAAUGGCGAAUUGUACAUCGGAACUCAUCUUUAUGAAGCCAUACACGUUAUUGAGGAAAUUUAUGUUAUUAUGCGUUUAGUUAGAACCAAAUGGUGCGUCAUUCAGAACGUAAUUUUCAGCGAUAAUUCGUUUUCAAUCGACGAAAUUAUCAGCGCAAGAAGUUUUAUCAACCAAGCUCUACAAGCAACCCUGAAGUGCUUGCUAUUGUGUAAUAAUUCGUCUCGUAAGGAAAACUUUGUUGAAGAUACUUUGAAAAGUUUAAAAGGAUUUUUAAGUAGCGUGGUCUCACCAAAUUCUUUAGAGGAUAUUGUUAAGAUCAAGAUUGUCAGUUCCCAGAAUGUGAGUUGCCAGUUCAAUGAAUAUUUCCAUGCUCUCUUGGAAAUUCAAUAUUACAAAAUGGCCUUAUAUUACAUAUGCGAGCUUUCUGUGGCAGAUGCCGAAACAAAAUUCGCAAAGAUAAUGAGUGAUUUUUUAUGUUUCUGCAAAGCAAAUUUCUAUAAAAAAGAAAGGUUUUCAAAUAUUUUUGUGUGUAACUGUAUGAAGCACUUAUGGUUGAUGUUGGAACUGCUUGUGGAAAAAAUUUCUCCUACCCCUCUUUUCUGGAAAAUUUUCAAUAAUGUCUUAGAACAGGAGGAUCCUUUGUUCGCACUUGCUAUGUUGAAAGAUGUUGCAUUUCUGCAUUGUUUCAAUUCAGAAUUUAAAGAUAUAGGUCUAGCAAGUGACAGGAUUGAAGCAAACCACGUGCUCUUGGAGCUUAAGGUGAAGGAGCUCCUGGAUCAAGCAGAUUCAGAGGUGCUCUUGAAAUGUUUAAAAAUAAUUGAACCUCUUUUGUUAAGUUUGUGGAUAAAAGUUGGCAGGAUCGAAAUUUAUCAAACAAUAUGGGAUUUUUACAGUAAAAGACUGAACUUGUCAAAAAAAUAUUCUGUUACUUCAGCUCUGCAACUAAUUGAAAAUUUGGACACUAUCCUGUGGAACCCGACAGGCUGUGCGGACGAUUUUGAAAUGUUUAGUGGGUUAUUGGUGGCACACUUGCGGCAGUAUCCUUAUCAUUGGGCGAAGGUGAAGGGACGCAUUUACUCACAAUUGGGCCCCAAUAAAGUGCGUGAACUCUCUGAUGUUGGGAUUACACAAGUUGCAUUGCUCUUUUUGGCCUUAAGCGCAGUUCAUUUUGAAGAAAUUGAAAAAAAGAUCAUGACAUUUCUGGAAAAUAUUCCACAGGAAAAGAAAAAUACGGAGGUCGUGUGGACGAUACAUGGUGCGCUGAUAUUAAAAUAUGCAAGAGAGGGCCGCGGCGUGGAGACAGUCGCGACGCCUACCGUGCUUAUGCUUCACGAGGCAGCAAAUCAAGGCGCGUUUACGUUGAUCAAGGGUUUCAUCGACUGUUUGGAGCACGUCGUCGCCAAUAGCGCGAGUAUGUCGCUUGGCCAAUGGUCCAUCUUCGGUCCGUGGUGGCCGAAAUACCUCUCGACGUGUUACUACUGUGAUUUGGAGAAGGCGCUGGGCAUCGCCGCAGCGCUAGCCGACAAAUGUUGCGACGUAGACUCUCGAGCGUCGUGGGAAACCACAUUCAAAGAAGUCAUUUACCCGAGUCUGAAGCAAUUGGCGUCCGGUCCCAUCCCACCACCUAGCGUAGGCGCGAUCGCCGCCAAACUCGCGCUCGCCUACGUCGGCCUGGCGGGCGACGCGUUCGCGUUCUUUUGCGGCGACGCCGUUUCGCCUGGCGUCGCGUCCGAAUUCCUGCGCGCCGUCUUGGAUCAGUUUUCGCACGGUUGCGUGAUCGCGCCCGAGCAUGAACGUUUGGUCGCGCGUUCUUGGAUGAAAAUUUGUCUGUUGACGUCAGAACCGCAGCUCGCGAUCACCCUCGCGGCGACGCGGUUAGAUGUUUUCCCGGCCGCCUUCAAACGUCUACUGAGACGAGUGCCGCCGCCUCGCGAUCCCGUCCACGCCUUUAUCGAAUAUUUGGGUAGCGAGCCGACCCGUCAUCCGGAAUCAGCCGAAGCCCUUGAAUUGUGUGAAUUGUGUUUCGGGCAAUUGGACGAGAGCAUCGCGCGUUACCUCGCCAAACCGGACAACGAGGACGUCGUGUUCAGGGUGUUCGAUUGCGUCGCGCUCGCUUUCAAACGCUGUGGCAUGUGGCUUUAUUGCCCCAACAGGUCCGUAUCGGCAUUCACGCGACUCGUCCAAACCCUCGUCCUGCCUACGAGUAGGAGACCGCCGCACGCGUUCGUCCUGAACGCCGUAAGACGCACCUGGUGCGUAUUUUUCGAAGCAGUCAUCGCCUUCCCCAGAGACGAUUACCUAGAGCGGACGCUGCGCGACCUCGUCGUCAGGUACGUGCCAUAUUUCCCCGCCGGCGACUCGCCCGUCGCCGACGGUCUGCGAGACGUGGGCGGCAUCGCGUCGACGAUUCUCGACAAAAUGGGCGUCGCGUAUUUCACCUCCCCGUUUAAAGAGUUCGACGCGAACGUUUCGAAAGUCCUGCAAAUGGUGUCGGAUUUGGUGCGAGAUAGGCCGGACGCGGCGCGUCUUGUCGCCGUCAAAAUGCUGCGCAGUAUGUUCGACGUCGUCGUCGUCGGCCACGCGUCGCAUAAAAACGCGGCAGUCGCGGCGAUCAAGGCGGUGACUGAGUCGCCCGGUUUCGCGAAAUCAGAGUUCAGAACGGCGGUGGCGGGAGUCACCGAGCGCUACCUGGGCCUCAACACCGUCAACUACUUCCAACUGAUGACUUGUCUUGCGCGUUUGGCGCCCUCCUACAUUGACGAGCUGCUGCCUGACGUCGAGGCACAGAUCGCGAACGUCGAGAGGAUCAGGGGAGUCGGUUUUGACAAGACGCUCAGGCAUCACUUGCAGAAACUGGAAAACGCGCUUUCGACGCGAUAA